GGCCGCCGUGCCGUGCCACGCCGUAGCGGCGGGCGGGGAUGCUGCUGCCGGCUCCCCCGCCCGCCCCGCGCCACCGCGGCAGCCGCGCCAGACGCAGCGCGGCUCGGAGCGCGCACGGAGCCUCCCGCAGCCGCCGCGGCCCGGGCAGCCCCGCGCCCCGCCAUGGCCCGGAACCGCCGGGACAGGAGCAGCUGGGGUAGUUUUGCAGAGAAGACUUAUGAGUGGAGCUCAGAGGAGGAGGAGUCCGUGAGGAAGGCAGGACCAGUGCAAGUCCUCAUUGUCAAAGAUGACCAUUCCUUUGAACUGGAUGAAGCUGCACUGAACCGCAUCCUCCUUUCAGAGGCUGUCAGAGACAAAGAGGUCGUGGCUGUGUCCGUGGCUGGAGCUUUUAGAAAAGGAAAAUCAUUCCUGAUGGACUUCAUGCUGCGCUACAUGUACAAUAAGGAAGCAGUGGACUGGGUUGGAGAUUACAACGAGCCUCUGACUGGUUUCUCCUGGCGGGGAGGGUCUGAGCGGGAGACGACCGGCAUUCAGAUAUGGAGCGAGGUUUUCCUGGUGGACAAGCCCGAUGGUAAAAAGGUCGCAGUGUUGCUGAUGGACACGCAGGGGACCUUUGACAGCCAGUCCACCCUGCGGGAUUCGGCCACCGUGUUUGCCCUUAGCACAAUGAUCAGCUCGAUACAGGUUUAUAACUUGUCUCAGAACGUGCAGGAGGAUGAUCUGCAGCACUUGCAGCUUUUCACUGAGUAUGGCCGGCUGGCCAUGGAGGAGACGUUCCUGAAACCUUUCCAG